AUGGAAAGUAUAACGGCACCGAACCACAGGAAGAAUAGACGAGAGUUAUCUGUAAUAGUCUCUAAUGGUAUCAUAAAUCCUGAAGAUAUAAUGGAGAAGCUAACUAUGCAUGAAUGCACUUUUAAAAACGAGAAAACUCUUUUCUAUGUACAUGUAAACCAUCCACGCUUCAAGCAUAAUAAGUUUUCUCCAAAAAUAACAAAAAUCAUGAAAUUGUUCAGCAUGACAUUGGAACUUACAUUUGCUUUCGCCAUUUAA